GAGACACCCGGAGCAGCACAGAUUUGCACAGGCACCGCGGAGGAAACGCAACUGAGUGUUUAUAGUCGAGCCAUGGCAGCGGGGAGACAGCGCUCCACUCGCAAACUGCGCUCCUGGAUGGUCGAGCAGGUGAGCAGUGGGAAAUACCCGGGGCUGGAAUGGGACGACGACGCCAAGACCAUGUUCCGCAUCCCGUGGAAACACGCCGGGAAGCAGGACUUCCGCACAGACGAGGACGCCGCCAUCUUCAAGGCGUGGGCGGAGUUUAAGGGCAAGCUGAAGGAUGGCCCCGCCUCCUGGAAGACGCGCCUGCGCUGCGCCCUCAACAAGAGCGCCGAGUUCGCCGAGGUGACGGAGCGAGCCCAGCUGGACAUCUCCGAGCCCUACAAGGUGUACCGCCUCGUCCCCGUCAGCGAGCAGGGAAUGGCGGUGCCUGAGAAGAAAUACAAGGAGAAAGUGUCGAGGAAGCAGAAACGGAGGAGCAGCGACUCGGAGGAGGAGAGCGCCGUCCAGGGCAAGCAGAUAAAGGAGGAGGUCUUGGUCUCUUCUCAGCUGUGCCUGGACAACAUUGCGCUGGUGAACGGUGCCGCCGUUCACACCGAAGACGCUCAGCAGGCCAUCGCCAUGCAGGCAGAAGGCAUCGAUGAGAUCCAGUUGGAUGUGCGGAUCCAGACUGCCCCUCCUCCUCCUGCUCCAGCAGUCCAGGACUCCUUCAACGUGGUGGUUCACUAUUUAGCCCAGGAGGUUCUCAGACGCAAAAUUGAGGCCAGCGACAUCCGGAUAACGUACUCCUCUUCCUCCGUCGCCCCGCCGACCCCCGCCCCCCUGGUCAGCGGGUUCACGCGCGUCCCGCUGCCGGAGCUGCCGUCGGCGCUGAACUCCACCCCGGAGCAGCAGCAGGCCCUGGCCACCCUGCUGCCCUACAUGGAGCGGGGCGUCCUGCUGACCUCCAUGCCCGGGGGCGUUUACGGCAAGCGCUACUGCCGGGGCCGGGUCUUCUGGACGGGGCCGCACACGGCCACGCCCGGGCUGCACAAGAUGGAGCGCAACACGGAGCCCGUGCUGCUCUUCAGCAAAGACGUUUUCAGACAACAGCUGGAAAACUACCUGGUGAACGGCGGCGAGCGUCCUCAGUGCGGCAUCACUCUGUGUUUCGGGGAAGAGCUGAGUGACAUGGAGGACCCGUCGAGCAAACUCAUCAUCGCACAGAUCUCUUUCCCGUGGGCCGAGCAGCAGGUCCUGAACGCGCCGUCCGCCUUGGAAAACUUCCUCCAGUCUCUGGCCAGCCAGGCGCAGAACGGAGAAAUAACCCUCAACCUGGUCCCGGUGCCCUCCCCGGCCUCCUGAGCAAAACCAUCACAGCACUAUCUACAGCAUGAGAAGGACCGCUAUCUGAAGGGGUGGGGGGAAAAAAAGUGUAAAUAAAAAAAUAGAUAUAUUUCUAGCAGGAAAAACACAAACUGAAAUCCUGGCACUUUUGAAAAGAUGGCAACUUAAAGGUCCUAUAUUCUGCUUUUCGGGUGGAGGCGGAGGGCGGAGAACGUUCCCGCCCCCAUCCGAGAUGUGAUGCUUUUGUAGGAGGCGAACAUCACCUCCAAACGACGGGUGCACUCGACUGGAGGUUCCGGUCGGUACGUGAUUGUAGCUACAAGAUGCGAAACACUUACAUAUGAAAACACAAGGAACACAGUUUCACACGAUAUAGGACCUUUAAGUCCUUGGUUAGGGUUUUUAAAAAAAAAAAAAAUCAACACUUACAUAGACUGGUUCCUCUUUUUUUUUUUUUUUUUGUAAAACAUGAAAUUGUGAAGACAUUAGUUGCUGUACGGAAAAGCACACUACAUGUGGAGCAACACUCUGAUCAUGUCCUCCUUCUUGUGCAUUUCACUGUUUGUUGUUUUUCUAUAAGCGACUCUUCAUCAUAUCCAAGUUAAAGCAUCUGCAGCAAAACCAUCCAGAAAGUAGUGAAAUAGUUCAGUAGAAUUAGAGCAGUGACAUUGCAGUUAACCAGCUUUUCAUACAAGUAUUUUUUUUUUUUUUUUUUAUUAAUUAAAUCCUCAUGUGCAAAGCCAGUUGAUGCAUUCAUACACAAUCACUGUUCUGUUUAGUUAGUUAGUUUGUUUUUAGUGGGACAGAUAGACAUAGAUACUCUUUACCGUGUUGAUGGAUGUUAUUUUAAUAGAUUUGCACAUUGUUCAGGUGAUGAGGUGGACACAAACGGUGCUCAGACUGACUGGGCUGCUAAAGGAACAAUCCACCCUUGGGACUCUUGAACGCUGUCAGAUAUGCAAAAUCGUGAGACUGUAAAAAAAAAAAACAAACAAACAAUGAAGCUCAUGUUCUUUGAUUCACAGAAGACCUGAUGUUUACGUUUAAUUUAUUAAAUCAUGUUUUUGCACUGUAGCUGUGCAGAAGCCAUCUUUAAUGUUAUUUAUGUCGGCCGUGCAAUAAUCAGAAACAGGCCCAAGGCUGCCAGACAUGUCAUGGUGCUUUUAAGGGAUUGAGGGUGGAUUUUUCCUUUAAGUCUGUGAUUUGACCAACCCUGGAGGUGGUGAGCAAGGCACAGUCUGGACUCUGGGACCAGUGAGG